AUCGUUUAAGGAAGAUAUAAAGGAAAUUGCGUCUAGGUUCAUGUUUGCUAAUUACAUGGAAUGAAUUAAAUAAAAGUGUUGUUUAUAUUGCAUAUUUGCAUGAUUCAUUGCUGUAUUGAUCGGGUACCGGGUGCCAACAUUAUACAGAGUACGUGACAGAACGUAUGUAGCGUGCUGGAACCAAGGAAAUAAGAUGAAUUACCGAGGAGCAUACGUAUUAAUAGGAAUUUUGGUAACUGUUCAAGUUAUAUACUUAAUAUUUAAAGAAGAUAUAAUAACAUUGUAUGAUACAAUGAUUCAACGACGGACUAACUCGGAUUGUUUUGAAAUAUUCUGGGCAAAGUACGCUGCAAAUCAAUUAGGAAAAACCUUUGCACACCAAGGAAGUGAAAUAUUUAACAAUACGACUGAUGUUCAACAACACAUAACGCGUGAUAAUAGAACUUGCAAUGCAUAUCUUACGUUAAAAGAUCCGCAAGGAGGCGCUGGGAACGUCAUGUUUAAAAUCGCAGCUUUAAUUGGAGUGGCCAAGAGACACGGAAUUUUACCUCGGACGACAUUUAAUGACCAUCGAAUAUUCAAGUGGUUUGAAUUGCCGCCAAUAUAUAACAAGCUCCGGGCAACUAAUUCCAUUCUGGUUAAGGAAGAAAGGCAUGCGUACCAAACGGUGAUUGAAACGUUGGACACAUCUCGCAAUUGGACGUUAGGUGGAUUUCGCCAGAGUUGGAGAUAUUUUGCUAAUGCGACGUAUGAAGUGCGGCAGAUGUUUACUUUGAAGUCCGAAUACACGGAUAAGGCUGAAGAAUUCCUUGGAAACAUAUCAUCUCCAGAUGCUGUGAAUGUCUGCGUACAUGUCAGAAGAGGAGACAUGUUACAGGAGGUCACCAUAAAACGCGGGAAUCUCCCAACGGAUCCGGCAUAUCUUAACAGGUCGAUGGACUACUUCAGAAAUCGGUUUAACAACAGAACCGUAAAUUUUGUGAUAAUUAGUGAUGACAUGAAAUGGUGCGAAAAGAAUAUAUUCGGAUCUGACGUAUUCUACUCCCCAUUUCAAACCGAUGUCUUGGACUUUGCACUCAUGGUGUGUUGUGAUCAUGCGAUCGUUACAAUGGGGACAUUCGGUUGGUGGGGAGCUUGGCUCUCCGGUGGAAUAACAGUGUAUUUCUCCGCGUGGCCGGCCAAAGGCUCCUCUCUUGAUAAGGAUUUGAACAAAACGGACUAUUUUCCAGACAGCUGGAUUGGUUUAUAAUUUCAUUCGCCGAUUUGUUUUUAAUAUUUACACCUCAUCUUCCAUUCCUUUAAUGAACAGCCUUUCGACAUAGUUAAUAUUUUCAGAUCAAGGCAACAUAUUCAGAUCACAAAUCAUCGCGUAUUUAUAUAAAUAGCGUACUAUUGUAAGUUAAUAUAUAAUUAUUUCAUUGUAUUUUUGUCAUUAUCAUUUCAGUGUAAUUUUAGAAGUGAUUUUAUUUAAGGACUAUUUUUCCGUAGCAAUAAAACAUGUCUGGUCGUUCUAAUUACAGCAUGGGAAGAAAUAAUUACUUAAGGUUUACUUAAAUGCAAUUACGUAUUGUUGAACAAUUCUUGAAAGAAAUAGUAAUUUUUUGGUAUAAAUUUAAAUAAUGAAAUGCGUGAUUGAUGUAAUUAUCGGAGAUAUGAGCGUUUGUUGGCUGGUUUAAGUUCGGACUCCACACACUUUAACCAGCCCAACUGUUUUCAUACAGCCUAUUUCUUUAUUUGACGCAAACACACACUUAGAAUAGUCUGGAAGCCUAAUUACUUUUUGAACGUAACCUAACAAUACCUUUCAAUGAGGCUACCAUCCAGAAGCAUUGUAAAUAAAUAAUCGUACACACCCUUUUUCUUAAAAAGCAAAACGUACCAAUCGAGGUGAUGUUAGUUGUUUAGAAAGAACGAUAAUGAAUAAAACACAGAACGAAUCAGGUGUAUUGGACAAAGGUAUUAUACUACAUUCAUGAAUAUGAAACAUUGCAAUAGGCAUAGUGUCAGUUUGCAAAAAAAGUCAACGUAAGUUUAAACCUGUUAUUUCAUUGAAACUUAGUACAUAUGUCAAAGACACGACACGCAUGUGAAAUAAGGCCAAUAUCUUCAAAUUUACUGAAAACAAUUAUACUUGUACGGUAAUUUUAGAAAAUUGCAAAAAUCUUAAAAAGAUUGAAUGAUAAAAAGGACAAUUUUAAUAAUGAAAAAAACAACAACAUUUGUUCUGCAGAUUGUGAAACGCACAAACGUUUCUGCUGAAUUUGAAGAUAGAAUGUUGAUAUGCUUUAAAAAAACAACAUGAAAUAUAGACACCAAGUGUGCCUUGUUCUUAUGCCAUUAUGUUUGAAGCUGUAUUGUUUGUUGGCGUUGGAUGUGUUUUUUUUAUAAAGAAGGUAUUUCUAGAUUUUACAAGAUGUAAGCGUUUCAUACAUGCUAUGAUAGUAUUAGUAUCAUCACAAAGGACGCGUGUUAACAUUAAUGCGUAUGCAUGGUUAAGUUGCCAAGCAACCCUGAGAUCACUCCAAAGAACUCCCUCAUUUUUUGAAAAAUUCACAGUUUUAUAACGAAAUAACGUGUGAAAAAACAUAAAGAGUGCUGAAACUAAGAUACUGACGCCACAACCUUUCAACAAAUGUUAAUAUGUGCUUAAAUUAUUAUAUUGUCGACGAAUAGAAUAUAAGUAACGCUUUCAAACAAAAGGUUAAAAUAUUGAAAUAUCCCUCAGAUUACGUAAAAGUACUUGUGGGCAAGCGGUUUGUUGUCAGUUUUCUAUUUUUUCUCGAAUGUACCGGCGUGGGUCCACUCCUCACUUAAACCAGGUAUUUUUUUAUAAUUGUAUUGUAUUUUAUUCUGUAAUAUCUGUAUUAAACACUAAACUAAUUAUAAUAUCAGUGUUUCAGAUGUAUUACUGUGAAACAAUAUUUUGGUAAAAAAAAUAUGAGCAGGUCGCUUAAAGGCUUAUUUAAGGAGUUUGCGGUAAAUGUUUUGCGAUUUGGUUCCGGGCUUGCAAUGUUUGCACUGCAAUCAAAAAGGAACACAAAACUUAAAGGGUAAAUUAAUCUCAGGGCAUGUACACGUAUAUGGAGAGAUCUCAACAUUUCUUACUACAUGUAUGCAUCGUUAUUUUCAUGAACUGCCACAUCAUUGUUCGUAUCUUCAUAAUUGGAGGCAAUAUGAAGCACUGUGCGAAUAAUGUUUGCAACUGUGAAAUGCAAUUGUGUGCAAUAUCUACAUGAACUGAUCAAUAUAAACGUUUAAAAUUAAACAUUGAGUGUACACUGCUGGUGGAAAAAAACAACGUGUAAUGGAAAAAUACCGGGUCUUAGAUAUGUCCAGCCGUAUUGAAAUUGUCGCAUGAUAUGAGGAAGCAUCCGUCUGUAUAAUUGUUUCCUGGAUGUGUUUCAUGCGUGCUUUGAGGUUAUUAUCAUAUCAGAUUAAUACCUUAGUCCCACUGACUUUUAACCGCCUGAAUAUACCUAUACGCAUAUAUUGAAUGUUUAUACAGUUAAUGUUUUCAAAUUGUUAUCGGCAAGUUUAAUGUCAUUUCAAGGUUCAAUAUUUUUCAAGCACAAUGCAUUUGUCCAUUCAUACAUUUGUGUGUUUUUAGAGCGAAACACAUGAUAAUAACUUAGCUCAAACAAGUGCACUACGAAUUGGAAGGGUUACAAAUCAACAAUGUAUCCAUCUUUUGAAAUUGCUUGGUUGAUUUAGUUUUUGUAAUCAGGAACUAUUAAAAUUCAUCACCAUUUAUCUCUAAAUUUUGAUAAUAUUUCAAUUGCUUUUCGUUUGUUUUGUUCAAAUGCGUAUCUUUUGAUUGCAAAUGUUGAUUUUUUUCCUUUAGAUUAUGGUGCAUUUAUAUACACAGCCUUACCUUUCAUGUUUUCCUUUCAUUUGCAUUGUAUUCACUUGUAUUAUUCAUUUUAUAAGAGACUAGCAACACCUUUGCAAUUAGAAAUACCAUUAAAAGGUUAUGGUCGUUUGGCCGUUUGUAAUAUUUCAUUGAUAACUCAAUCUGUGUAUAAGAAGAAUUUUGUUUUGACCAUUAAUUAAAAUAACAGCAAAAACUACAACAACGUCAAAAUGAAAUUCUAAAUUAUGAUAUUUGCUUCCUUGCCUGCUUAUAUUGUUAUUUGUUCGAUUUUGUGUUCAUAGAUGUACCUUACUUGAAUAAAAAUAAGUUGCUUAGA